AUGACGGAACAUCCGACAGCGACAUGGCAGGCUAUGCAAGACGGAAACGCAUUCUACAGACGGCAGCAGCUCUACUCCAUACCAGGAAAACUCCCUGAUUUUGGGGACUACAUCGUCGCAGGAUGUCAAUAUGGUGGACCUCUAGCGCUUAUGAGGGACAACACAAAGCUUCUGGCUUUAGGGCGUCUAACUCCUGCAGCUGCGAAGGCACAAAUUCAGAUAUACUCUCCAGCGGGAGAGAGCCUCUUGUCAUUCAGUUGGGACCAGGGCAAGAUCAUCAAGUUUGGUUGGACUCGAGACGAGACACUGACAGUCUUGAAUGAAGAGGGCAUCUAUCGACUCUACGACCUGCAAGGAGACUACCAGCAGCACUCCCUUGGCCCCGAAGCUUCCGAACUAGGAAUUAUUGACGCUCGCAUACAUGACAAUGGCUUCGUGGCCAUGACUAGUUCUUUGGCGUUGCUGGAAGUGAAGGGUUGGGAAGGGGGAAGACCUCUAACUUUAGCCAACCCAGCACUCACUCAACCUCCGCACGCCUGGUGCAUCAUACCGCCAGACUUAAAUGUAUCCCGUCAUGUUGAAGUCCUCUUAUCGGUGGAAUCCACCAUAUAUACCGUGGACAAUUUGGAAAGCGUGGACCAGCGCCUAUCUCGAGGACCCUUUACCCAUGUUUCACCAUCUCCCAAUGGCAAGCUUCUUGCGCUCUUAACCUUUUCGGGAACGUUAUGGGUUGUAUCCAGUGAUUUCCAGAGGAAUAUAGCGGAGUUCGACGCCAGCAGUGUUCCUGAGGCAGAAGGCAAUGUUCUGCAGGUUGAAUGGUGCGGAAAUGAUGCCAUUGCCGUUGCGUGGAAGUUUUUGGUUCUUUUGGUCGGCCCUUCGGGUGAUACACUCCAGUAUGCUUAUUCUGGGACUCCUUUUGCAGUCACAGAAAUGGAUGGGGUUCGCAUCAUGAGCCCAGAUAUAUGUGAUCUACUACAGAAAGUGCCUGCAUCUACCUCAUCUAUCUUCCGUCCUGGAUCUACCUCUCCUUCUGCGAUUUUGUACGACGCGUGGGAGAGCUUCUCUUCUCGUUCUCCCAAAGCAGAUGAGAGCAUUCGUUCAAUACGACCUGAUCUGGCGAAAGCUGUCGACGAGUGUAUUGAUGCUGCGGGCCAAGAGUGGGAGCCUCAGUUACAACGGAAACUUCUGAAUGCUGCUAAGUUUGGUCGUAGUUUCUUGGAUUUCCACAACCCCACGGAUUUUGUCAACAUGGGUCAAACCCUAAAAGUACUUAAUGCAGUACGAUUUUACGAGGUUGGUAUCCCAUUAACAUAUUCGGAACAUAACUACGCCUCUCCCUCGCAUUUGAUCUCACGUCUAACAUCUCGAAAUCUGCAUCUCCUCGCUCUCCGAAUCUCGAGUUUCCUUUCCCUCAAGCCAGAUAUUGUCUUAAAGCACUGGGCUUGUGCAAAAAUUCUGCGGGAUGCCGAAUUGACUGCGGAUGAUGAAGUUUGUAAGCUGAUCGUAGAUAAAUUUGAGCAGCUGGGGGGAACGGAGGUUAGCUAUGCUGAAAUUGCAAAGAAAGCAUGGGAGGUGGGGCGGAGUAGAUUGGCUACAAAGCUCCUUGAUCAUGAAUCGAGAGCUUCUGAUCAGGUACCACUGCUACUUACAAUGAAGGAGGAUAAGUUGGCUCUGCUGAAGGCAGUUGAUAGUGGAGAUACUGACUUGGUGUAUCAUGUUCUGCUCCAUCUCCAUAAGAGGCUUCCUCUUGGCUCUUUCUUCCGGCUCAUCGAAGACGGCGGGGAGCGACUUUCUUCAGCAAGCAAACUCCUUGAGGUUUAUGCUCGAGAACAGAACAGGGAAAUGUUGCGAGAUUUCUACUACUCUGACGACCGCAGAGUGGAGAGCGCGAUUCUUUCUCUAGAGGAAGCAUCUAAGAUGAACAAUCCUGCGUCGAAGAUUAGCUCCGUGAAGGCAGCUCAGAAAUUCUUUUCAGAGGACAAGGACCGCACUUUCGAAGCGAAAAUGAUGGAAGAGAGCGUCCGGUUGCUUACCACCCAACAACAACUCGAUAUCGAGACUGAUGGGAAGAUCACCUUUUUUGGGACAAGUGUCAAUGAAUCGAUACGACUUUGCCUGGUUAACAACAUGGCGAAACGGGCUGAUAAGAUGAAGUCUGAUUUCAAGGUACCCGAUAAGCGCUUUUGGCAUAUCAAACUCAAAGCACUUACAGAAGUCAAAGCUUUUGGAGAGCUCGAAACUUUUUCCAAAUCUAAGCGCAGUCCAAUUGGUUAUGAGCCUUUUGUCCGCCAUCUAGUUGAAAAAGGUCUUCCGAAAGAAGCCGUCGCCUAUGUUGCGCGCUGCGAUUCACCAAAACGGGCUGAUCUAUAUGUCGAGUGUGGAGAGUGGCGCCUUGCCGGCAAGGAGUGUAAAGACAGAGGUGAUAAAGCUAAGUUAGAGCAGCUGAGAAGAAAGUGUCCUAAUUCAAUGAUCGAAAGAGAGUUAGAUCAAAUCCUCUCGACUAUGAAGUAGAUAAUGCCGCAACGAAGCACGGGGCUUUGUUGGGUAAGUUGAACUCCCGUACAAUGAUCCAUAAUUAGUGAAGAAUCCAGCCCGCAGCUCCCACUU